UUAUUUGCUUUAGGGUCAUGGCUGACAUGCUACUCGGUGUUGUUUUUUGUGUUGUGUCUAUAUUACAACGUUACUUUGUAACAUUGUGCUCCCAGGCAUGUGUUAUUCAAGUAAAAUGACACAUGAAAACUAUGACAUACACUUUAAAUCUUGCUUUUGGAGAUCUGCACAUUAUAGCUCAAUUUAGCAAAAAGUUUUGGCCACACUUUUUCUGACCUCUCAACGCAUCUGGGAUCCUUGUGAAACAAUAUCUUCCUAAUGCUUGGGCAUUUAUUUAGAUACAAAAUGGCACGCAGUGCUUUAUUUUGUAUCGUUGCUGGUGAUCCUAUCUUUCGGAGAUAGGAGUAUGGCCUGGAAACGACUGAAGGUCACAUAUAUAUGUGGUGGUGGGCCAUCUUUUUUGGUAAGUGGACUAAAAUCGCCACCUCUUUUAAGUAGUAGACUCGAAGAUGACUUUGUCUUUUUUCUUCAGAGGAGGAUUUCUUUGGAAAGGGCAGAGUACAUGAGCUGGACUGAGAGCAUGGAGAUGCAGAAAGCUGCCAGUGAAGAGGAGAUUUCUAGACUCCGGCGUCAAGUACUAGAGCUCGAAGCCUCGCUGUCCAACAGGCAACAGCAGCUGGAGAUGAUGGGAGCUGAUCUUGAGAUGCAAAAAAAGUCAGUUGAGGACUUGACCUUACAGAAGUCAAAGGCUGAGUAUGAGGUACAGAAAUACCGCAUUGAACUAGAAGGUGCAAUCAAGAGCAAGGGAUCCAUUGAUCAAGAGCUGAAUCGUGCCCGGCAACAGGUUCAGCAAUCAGAGGCCAAACAGGCCUCCUUGGAAGAGAGCCUCCGCAACCUUAAGAAAAGCAUAGAGGACAGUACGCUGGCCCGCAAGAAGCUUGAAGAUCAUUUGCGUCGCAAAGAUAGUGAUGUACAGGGCCUCGAGGAGCACAGUCGUACGUUGCAACGGGAACUGAGGGCCAAGGAAGAUGUGGAGGCGGGGCUCCUUAGCCAAGUGAGGAUCAUGGAGAUGGAUUUGGCUCACAAGUCAGAUGUCAGAAUUAAGCAAGGUGAAGCCCUUUUGGGUUUUGCCAAGGAAGGUGCGCAGCUGUCAACUUUUACGAGCAGUUCUCAGAUACUCCGUUCUGAUUCUGAGGCAGAGGCCCUGCAUCACAAAAUGGAGGAGCUUGCGAUGGGCAAGAAGCGUGCUGAAACCGAGAUCAAGACUUUAAAGUCUGAGUUGAACUCUGUGGUUGUUCAUAAGACUUUGGCUGAGGAAAAAGCACAACGUUUCAAGGAACUCUUAGAAGAAGCAAACAACAGAUUGUUAAAGCUUCAAGUGGAAAUGGAAGCAGACAGGUCUAACAUGAGACAGAAAUCAGAGGAGUUAAGACAAGAGUCUUCCGAAGUAAAGAAGUCUGUCUAUAUGUAUCAGGAACAAAUCAAGUCUCUUCAAAGAGACAAAUCUGCCUUAGAUCAGAGAGUGCUUUUUCACAAAACUGAGGUUGAUGGCCUGAAAGAACAACUCAAGGUCAACCAAGCAAAACUUCUGCAAUGGAACUCCUAUGAACAGGAGAGUUCACACAAGUUAAGGUGCUUGGAAGAUGAGUUGUCUUCCAAACAGACUGAAGUAGAGCAGAUCACUUUUAAGAUGAAUGAACUUAAUCGAAAAAAUCAGUUGUUGGAAAGCGAUACUCGACAUCUUAGGGUAAGUAUUGAGUCGCUCCAGCAAGACAAAACACACGCUGAUCAAAAGAUAAAAACCUUGAAAGGUGAGUCCGAAGUUUUAAAGGAGCAGCUACAAAGAGCAAAGGAUGAAAUUAAUCUGAAGACAAGAACUGAGAAGGAAGCUCAAGUCAAGAUCAAGAACCUUGAAUUAGAGCUACAGAAAAAUUCUGUACAAGCGACACAACUAACUAAGAAAGUUGAAGAACUGAAAAAGAUUAACAUGGAGACUGAACGCUCCGUAAAAAAUGUUAAAGCUGAUCUCGAUAGAGCAAACUUAGAAAUUGUUAGUAAGGAACAGCAAAUUAAUAUACUAAAAACGCAAACUGAAAGUGCCAAAUCUCAAAUAAAAAUAGUGGAAGAAGAGCUUUUAAACAAAUCCCAGAUAUCCCACGAGCUUCAAAUCAAACUGAAAGAUUACAAUGAAGAAACCAAAAAGGCAACAGAGCUACAGCAAGAGAUCCACUCUUUAACACUGACCAUAACUAACUAUGAAAAAGAUAUCACAAAUCUAAAAUCAGAGCUGAAUUCGGCGAGCACAGAGAGGAAUCUGGCUAAUCGGAAGGUUCAGGAACAAAAAGCAGAGAUAAAUAACCUGAACAUGUCCUUGAAAAAAGCCAUGACAGAAUCACAGAGGGAGUCAUCGGAGAGUAAGAAGAACAUGUCAAAAGUUAGAGAGCUUGAAAAUGAGCUUGUAAAAUGUAAACAAACUAUUAGCAGAAUCAGUGGAAGUUCAGAGAAGGCCACGGUUAGCCUGAAACAGGACAUCUCGUCACUUCAGAGAGAUAAGCAAACAGCUGACCAGAAGUUACAGGCUUUAAAAGUGGAGUUUGAUGAUCUUAGUUCCACUCUGAAGAGAACAAAAGAUGAACUACAGCGAAUGACUGAAGAAUGUAUGUCAACUCAGUUCAAACUGAAAGAGUCGGAGGCAGAACUCCAACGAAAGAGCUCUGUUAUACGAGAACUGAGCUCUAACACUGAUAAAUCGGUACUGAAUUUAAAACAAGAACUAGCCGCCUCUCAAAAGGAGAAAAAUUCUGCUGAAGAGAAAAUCUCAAGUUUGAAUCUCCAAAUGUUAGAGUUGAAGCAGAAGUUAAAACAAACUCAAGAAGAACUUAAACAGAAGCAAAAAGAUUUGUCAUCUGCCGAGUUGAGGUCACAAAAGCUCGGGGAACAGUUGGACAACUGUAAAAAAAUGCUUGACGAUCUUAAAGGUAAACUUGACUUACAAAAGAAAGGUUACGAGACUCAACUACAGCUGGUGCAGGCUGAAAUGGAGCAAAAGCUUUCACUUCAAGAAUCACGCUUGAAACAAGACUACGACAGGAAAUCGAAGGUGCACUCGCAUACGGCCGAAACAGCCGAGAAAGCAAACAAACACCUUUCUCAAGAAGUCGAGAAGCUGAAAGCCUCAGUUGUUAACGUUACAAAAAGCAAACAAGAGGCCGAACAUCAGCUCAGCAACCUGCAAGCACGAAUAGACGAAUCUGAGAGGCAGAGGGGAAUUCUUGACCUUGAACUUCUCAAAGCAAAAUCAAAAAUUUCUGAGUUGGAAACGGAAAAGAUCAGGGUAAACUCCAGUAUUUUUCAACUAGACAGUAUUCAAAAAGACAGCUCGAAUGAAAUAGAAAGGCUAAAGAAAAAGCUGACGGACACUGAGCAGAAAUUGGAUAUUUCAGAAAAAGAGGCAAAGUCUCUAAAGGACCAGAUGGUUGCACACAUCAAAGAAAUAAAAUCUUUACAAGAAAAGAAUUUAAAGCAAGAACUGGUCACCUCUCAGAAAGAAAGAAGUUCCACCGAAGAGAAAAUCUCAAGUUUAAAUCACCAAAUCUUAGAGUUGAAGCAGAAGUUAAGGCAAACACAAGAGGAGCUUAAACAGAAGCAAAAAGAAGCAGCAGCUGCUGAGUUAAAGUCACAAAAGCUGGGAGAACAAUCAAACAACUAUAAAAAAAUGCUUGAUGAUCUUAAUGGCAAACUUGACUUACAAAAGAAAGGUUACGAGACUCAACUACAGCUGGUGCAGGCUGAAAUGGAGCAAAAGCUUUCACUUCAAGAAUCACGUUUCAAACAAGACUACGACAGGAGAUCAAAGGUGCACUCGCAUACGGCUGAAACGGCCGAGAGAGAAAACAAAAACCUUUCUCAAGAAAUUGAGAAGCUGAAAGCCUCCAUUGUAAACGUUACAAAAAGCAAACAAGAUGCUGAACAUGAGCUUGGCGACCUGCAAGCUCGGAUAGAUGAAUCUGAGAGGCAGAGGAGAAUUCUUGACCUUGAACUUCUCAAAGCAAAAUCAACGAUUUCUGAGUUGGAAACUGAAAAGAUCAGGGUAAACACCAGUAUUUAUCAACUCGACAGUAUUCAAAAAGACAGCUCGAAUGAAAUAGAAAGGCUACAGAAAAAGCUGACGGAGACUGAGCAGAAAUUGGAAAUCUCCGAAAAAGAGGCGAGGUCUCUAAAGGACCAGAUAGUUGCGUACAUCAAAGAAAUGAAAUCUUUACAAGAAAAGAAUUUAAAGCUGGAGGUGACAGUUAGCUCUGAGCAGAAGCAUCUGAAGGAACUAGAAGCUCUUGGACAAUCCAAUCAUCAGUGUGCUAAAGAUAGUGAGCUGCUCAAGCUCAAGACCGAACUGCAGCUUAUUAAGAAAACUGUGGCGACUUACGAAGAAGCAAAGCGGAGCCUAGAAGGGGAGCUAAUGAAGUUGAAAAUGAGCUAUGAGAUAUCUGCAAUGGAGAAGGAAAAAGUACUGGAGGAGCUGCGACAGGUCAAAAUGCAAGUAAUCAGGCGAGAAAACAAAGACAACAACUGAAAAUUCUAUCUCUUUCCAGAGUUCUACGGUUUAUGAAAAACAGACGAAC